UAUGGGCAGAAUAUUGGUUUGAACAUGUUGGAUUAAUGGGCUCGAAUAAACCCAGAAUAUGACCCAAAUUCAGACUUGAUUUGGAGCCCCAUCGAUGUACCAAUACUGCAUCAGGAUCGUACUUGUGCGUCACCUUGGCAUCCGAGUGCUGUUUUUGGGUCAAGGCCAGCUGUUUCCUUAGUGUCAAGGCAUUGCUUUUUUGGUUCCAUUGUUAUAUUUUCUAUGGGCUUUUUGUGUACAUAAUUCUCAUACACAGUGUUACAUCGAAUCAUUUAAAAAAAAAAAAAAAAAAAAUAAAAUAAAGAAGAAGAAGAAGAAGAAGGAAAAAAAAAAAAUUCGAAAGAUGUAGAUCAUGAAACUCCUUGGCUCAGAGGAGAAAAUGAAACCCUCGAUAUAAACCCCUUGAAUUAGAGGAGAAAAUGAAACCCUAGACAUAAACCCCUUGAAUUAGAGUAGAAAAUGAAACCCUCGAAAAAGACUCCUCCUGCUCCAGCAAGGACGACUUGGGCUCUGGCUCCUACUCCAGUGACUCCGGCUCUUGUUCCUUCAAUGAUGACAAAUUGCGACCAAGAACCCAGCUCCGAAGGACUGCAACCUCGACUCUUUUCCCUUGAUUCAGAUACUCCAGAUUACACAGAGAAGUACAACAAAUAUGAAGCUGACUAUGUUCGUCGCCUGAAGGCCAAAUAUUUCUCCAAAAAGGACUUGUAUGGAGGCAUUAUAUUCGACAAGGAAGAUGCCAUAGAUGAUGAGAUUAUCAAGUCAAGCAGGUUUCCUUCUACAAGGUCAUUUACAGAUCCUGUUAACAGUUUUGAAGAUCAAAGCAGGUUUUCAGCUUCUGCUGCAGAAUCAUCUGCCAAUCAUCCAAACAGGAAACCCCAGUGUAAAAAGAGCAACAGUUAAAUCCAUUCCCUUGCCUCCCCAAAGGAAAACCCAUGAAAUUUAGCCUUUGUGAAUUAGCCCAAGAAGGUAAACCAAUAUUUUCCUUGAUUUGAACUAUAUUGCCUGAAAUUGCUACUUCAUUGGUUAUGACAUUUUCAUCCCUGGUAGUCUACACCUUUCAUUAAAUUAAAAAAAAAAAAAAAAAAAAUUUCUUGUGGAAA